AUGCCUAGUACGCAUUUCGACGGUAGGUCCCGAGCGAGGCUCGGCAGACACAGUUCGCGAUGUUCAUGGGUGGGCUAUGAAACUUUACACAGAUGAAGGCAACCUGGAUUGGGUUUUUAAUAACACAGUAAGCUAUGAACCUCUUAUUUUUAGUCUCGUUCGAGAAUGUUUACCAUGAUUCCCAGCCCGUGUUCUUCGUCCGGGACCCCAUCAAGUUUCCUUCACUCAAUCGGUCACACAAGAGAAAUCCAAGGACAAAUACCGCCGACGCUAAUAUGGUAAGUGGCUCUGCGUCACAUCUUACAGGCUCCACCGUGCUUCCACCGUGCUAACUCAGCCAGUUUUGGGAGUAAGUCUUGACAGCUAUUCACGUCAAGAACCAAUCAGAGCCUAAUAUUGGCUAGCUUUCAUGUCGGGAACCCAGAAGGGAUCCAUGAACUUAUGCACUUGUUCAGUGACCGGGGAACGCCGGCAUCGCUGAGAAUGAUGCCCGCAUUCAGUGGCCACACUUACAAAUUCACCAAAGAGGUGGGAGUAAUCUUAAGUCCCUGAAAAUUUUCCACCGACUAACAGGCCCCGCACAGGAUGGUACAUUCAGCUACGUAAAGGUGCAUAUCAAACCACAGCUAGGCAUCAAGAACUUUGAUCGUGAAACCGCCACCAAAGUUGCAGGCGAGAACCCUGACCACCUGGUCGAUGACCUUUACAAUGCAAUCGCCAAGGGGGACUACCCGAAAUGGAACGUCUAUGUUCAAGUGUUGACACCCAAACAGGCCGAGGGGUACAAGUGGAAUAUAUUUGACAUGACCAAGGUCUGGCCUCACAAGGAUGUUCCCCUGAGGCAAAUUGGCGUCUUGACCCUUAACGAGAACGUAAGUACCAGGACGUCUGAAAGGUCUGGAAACAUUGCUCACCCAAUAGCCAAACAAUUAUUUCACAGAUAUUGAGCAGGCGGCAUUCUCACCGUCGACAAUGGUCCCCGGAUGGGCGCCUUCUGCAGAUCCUAGUAAGAUACCCUGCUCUUUAAUAUGCUCUCAACACUAAUCUGGAACCAGUGCUACAAGCUCGCAUGUUUGCGUAUCCGGACGCUGCACGCUAUCGAUUGGGGACGAAUUAUCAGAUGCUUCCUACAAACCAUGCCAAGGUGCCUGUUCACUGCCCGUAUCAACGGGACGGGUUUAUGAACUUCACCAACAACUACAACGAUGAACCAAACUACGUGGGCUCUCAGCUUAAACCCAUGGCCUUCAAAGCAGGCACCAGGGAUGGUGGUUCGCUUUCGACCUUGACCGAACACGAGAGGUGGACUGGCCAGGUCCUGAGCUACACCAGCAAUUUGACGGCCCUGGACUUUGAGCAGGCGACUAGUUUGUGGGAGGUCAUAGGGCGAGAACCUGGCCACCAAGAGAGAUUCAUUUCCAACGUGGCUGCCCACAUAGCCGGUGUGACAGACAACCGGCUCAGAUCCGCGGUGUACCGUAAGACAUUCCAUUCAGCCCUUGGAAUUUUAUGACCGACCAGGUAAUAACACUGCGCAGAGUUGUUCACACAGGUCGACAAGGAUCUAGGGAGUCGUAUCCACGACGCCACAGAAGCGACCCGGCAGUGA